AUGGGAAUACUAGAAAGCCUGAAAAAGCCGAGAGUUCUCAUAACCACCCUAGUAUGGUUCUUCUCUGUCAUCAUCUGUGUUAUUUGACUAUCUCUCUUACGAGGCCAGGUCUCUUUGAUAAUAACUUCCUUACUAAUGUCGGCUGCUACUACUGUUUGGGUGUUUUGAAGGUAUGCUUCUAAACAUAAAUUUCCUAAAAGUGCCUAUGGGAAUAUUGGGUUGACAUCUUUCUUCAGUCUUGCUUCCAUAGGAAUCCUUGCUACUGAUGUAUCAUUCACUUUAUACCAUGAACACCAAGGUGACAUAAAGGCACAAAAGAGACAUCAUAAUUUAAUGGUAAUAUUCUGGAAUAUCCUAUACUGGGGAAACAUUACUUGAGGAACAAUUUUGAACAGGUUCUUCCAAAAAUACUGGAGAUGUGGCCAAUUCACAUUGUUUAGACGCACAUUAGAAGCUUUAAGAUUGAUGUUAAUUGAUAUAAUCGCCUUUGGAAUUCUGCUAGGGUUGUGUAUCGGCUUGGUUUUCGCAGUUUUUGGGUCUGAUGGCAUCAUUGGGUUAAAGACAGCCUUUAUCAUGCUGAAUCAUGUUUACGGAAUGCUCAUUCUCACCUGGCUCCUUGGAUACGGAUUAUUUCAUUUCCCAAUAUACAUAUUUAGCAAAUCUUUCAGGAAGUUUACCUUCUACAAAGAUGUAUCUAAGUGCCCAAGCAUUCAUGAAGCUUUCAGAGAGAGUCAGGUUGAACUCUACAAGCACUGAAAUGCUUGUCGAAAUGCCAUAAAGCUAAUUAGAAGCUGAGACUUAAAUAUCAAAAUGAAACAUCAAAUUGAUAUUCUUGAGGAAAGUAUUCCAGAUAAAUAUGAUGACGGAAUUGCCAUAACAGAAAAUGAUAAUAUUUCUGAAUUUGAGAUCAAUGAUAAUAUGGCUGUGAACAACAGGACUCUUGGCAGGUGUAGGUUCAAACUUAUGACAGCUUAUUAUCAGUACAAAAGAAAGAAAGCUCGAUGGAUUUCUACUGCAGAGCGUACCUGUUCCAACAUGCUUUCUCUGGAAGAUUGCAAUGAAAUAUACAUCCAGAGGAAUAAAUCUAGCAUUGUAGACUAUGUCAAGGAAAUUGUAAGAAAAGUUAAGAAAAGCACUCAACCAAGGGAUGACAUAUAUAACGAAAGUCAAGAAGAAAAUCAAGAAUUUGUUCCAAAAAUAUUCCCUAAACCCCAAAGUCCUAUCAGAUGAUGGACUAUCAGAGCAUUGAGUGUAAUCAUCGGAAUCUACUGUUUAAUCAUUGUCGUAACUCAAUGAUUCCUCCUGUUUAAGCCUGAAUAUACUCUGGUGUAUCACCUGAUUCGUAACACGAAGAUAUUUGUUCUGGAUGUAAUUUUGACUCUCUUUUUCUUAAUCUCAAUGAUUGGCAUAUCUUUAUUUAGUUUAUUCACAGUAAAUUUCAGUGACUUUUUCCAAUUAGUCCCUAAGCAUACAGAUUGUAUCACAAUGUCAUUGAUCAUAUCAAUCUGUAGUAAGCUAGCGAAUGUAUUGUGAUUUAAUUUCAUGACUCUCUUGAUCCUACAUGAGAGAAUAAAUGAUGUGAACAAUAACAUAUUCGGGACAGGAUUUGCUACAUUUUAUACUGCCCUGACGGAGGUACCCUUCUUUGGAGAUUACUACAACUACAUUCUUCCCUUCUUAAUUCUAGUCGUAGGAGUUCUUACUCUCCUGAAGUUUCAUACUAAGAUGAAGAAGAUUACUAGAGGUAUCAAGAACAAGACUCGAGACAAAGACGAGAGCCAACAAAACUACAGAAGUCUCAUGAACAAGAAGAAUAAAGAUAAAGAAAAUGAAGAGAUAACAGAAAAGAAUCUUAUACGAGGCCAAGAACUUAUCAUAAAACAUAUCAAAAAGAAAAAUAAAUUAGAGAAAAAGAGGCUAGCUGAGGAAGAGAGAAUUAGAAAACAUGAAGAAUACAAAGCAGAAAGAAUGAGAGAUGAGCUCGAGUAUCAGUCAAAGAGGAGAGGAUCUCCAUGAAAGCAUGAAAAUAGCGUCUCGAAGACUCUUAAGAAGCAAUCAACUCCCAGAUCCACCGGAAAGAGCGCCAACAGUGGUGUAGAUAUUAGCCAUUUCCUCAGAAAGGAUAAGAAAUAG